CUCUAUCGUGGCCUUUCCUUUUUGUAACAUUGACGGGAACUCAAUGAAUGGUCCUAGGAAGGAGGGAGGGAGAGCUCUUCCAGGGUUGAGGGAAGGGGCGGGCCCUUCUUUCCCGGACCCUAAGUGCUGAGGGAGCCGGUUUCCGCACGGCCGACAAAGGCCAGAGCACAACAUGGUGGCCCCUGGGACGGGCUGAAAGAUAGGGGCCGGCGCUGGCCUUGCCUCUGACACAGCCUGGGUGACUGAAAGACCGGACGGCCGUGAGGUCAGAGGAGGUCAGGCCUCCAGCGGGACAGCUGCCAGCCUCCCGAAUUCUCCUUUCCCGGGCGCUCCCUUCCUCCGCCUAGUGACGUUUCAGCCUUCUCUCCCUAGCGGGGGAGCCCCUCCAGAAGCCCCCGCCUCCCUUCCCGGGAGCAGCGGGCUCCGCUCCAGCCCCGCGUACCCUUCUCUGGGUCCGCAUCCCUCCCCGAUCCCCGGCUCUGCUGUGGCAGCUGCGCUGCCUCGGUGCUCCUCUUCCUCUCUGGCCCCGCCCCCCCUUGUCCCCUAUCCCCCUGCAAGCUCCCCUACAGCCGCUAGUCCCGCCCCCUUCUCGUGCUCUCCCCGGCCCCUCCACGUGCUCGGUUAGCCCCGCCCCCUCCUCCCGUCUCAGCCCCGCCCCCGAGCCCACGCUCGCCACCUCCAUGGCUGCGGCCCAGAGCUCCGGGGAGAGGAUCGACAUCCAGACGAGCGAGGGGCCCCCGGCCGGGGCGGGCGCCGGCGGAGAGGAGAAGACCGGGAACGGCUGCCCGUGCGGGACUGCGCCGGGGCCGGGGCCGCGGCGGUCGUGGCGCCAGAAGUGUGCCUCGUACGUGCUGGCGCUGCGGCCGUGGAGCUUCAGCGCGUCGCUGAGCCCAGUGGCGCUGGGCAGCGCGCUGGCCUACCGCUCCCAGGGCGCGCUGCAGCCCGGCCUGCUGCUGGGCAGCGCCGUGGCCGUGCUGGCGGUGCACGGCGCCGGCAACCUGGUCAACACCUACUACGACUUCUCCAAAGGCAUCGACCACAAGAAGAGCGACGACCGCACGCUCGUGGACCGCAUUCUGGAGCCGCAGGACGUGGUGCGCUUCGGGGUCUUCCUCUACACGCUGGGCUGCGUGUGUGCCGCCUGCCUCUACUGCCUGUCGGCGCUCAAGCUCGAGCACCUGGCGCUCAUCUUCUUCGGGGGACUCUCCGGCUCCUUCCUGUACACCGGAGGAAUUGGAUUCAAAUAUGUGGCUUUGGGCGACCUGAUCAUCCUCAUCACCUUUGGUCCACUGGCCGUCAUGUUCGCCUAUGCCGUGCAGGUGGGCUCCCUGGCCAUCUUCCCGCUGGUCUACGCCAUCCCCUUGGCCCUCAGCACUGAGGCCAUCCUCCAUUCCAACAACACCAGGGACAUGAAGUCUGACAGAGAGGCCGGCAUCGUCACCCUUGCCAUUCUUAUUGGCCCCACCUUCUCCUACAUACUCUACACCGCCUUGCUUUUCCUGCCCUACCUCAUCUUCAGCAUCUUGGCCACGAGAUACACCAUCAGCAUGGCGCUACCCCUGCUCACUAUUCCCAUGGCCUUUUCGCUUGAGAGACAGUUCAGGAGUCAGACCUUCAACAAAUUGCCCCAGAGGACUGCCAAGCUCAACCUCCUGCUGGGGCUCUUCUACGUCUUUGGCAUCAUCCUGGCACCAGCAGGGUCUCUACCCAGGCUCUGAAGGGACCAGGGGUUCUCUGCUGCCUGCCCCUCUCAAUGGAAUGGGACUCUCUGGCUCAGCGUUGAAACCGGAGUAUCUGAGAACAGACCUUCCACCCUUUGGGGGCAACAGACUCCUCAUACGCUAGCCGUGUUUUUUUCACAGUCCUUAAAAGGAAUUUUAUUUGAAUGAGCCAGGUGCGUGAUGUUCCCAGUUUCCACUAGGGGGCAGUAUCAGGUCACUCUGAAAUGGAGCUGUCCCUUCCUCUUUGAGUACUCAGAGGGCUUUCUGUGUGGCUUAGCCUCUCACCUCAUCAUCCCCCUUCAGUUAGGACCAUAAUUGCUGGGUACUUCUUCGGAUCCUCGUUUAAGCUCUAUUUUCAUACUGCUCUUGGCCUUACAUGAUUAGUAAGUAGCAGGCUCAGUUAACAUGGGCAAUGUCUGUCUCUCAUCACUCGGACUCUGGUACAGAAAAGUGCUGAGAAAGUCCCUCAUUAACAGCCCAGUGUACUCAGCAGUCUUGGCCCCUGGAUGCAUUCACUCUCUUGUCAGUUGCCACAAUUGACUAAAAAUGUCAGGUCACCCUUUAGCAAAGGACUUAGCUGGGGAUGAGGAGAAAAAACAGGCCCCAGAAGGACACUCUGCUGGUUUGUGUAGAGAAGGGAAGAGUGGCUGUUUCCUUUGUAGGAAUGCCUAAAAAGACAGACAGGAUUAGGAGUUUCAGUUACCAUUGGCCUGCAAACUUUAGGAGCAAUGACAGCUUGGUAGGCUGUUUGAGGGGAUUCAAGAUGCUGUUUUCCCUUCACCAAUGCUCAGUCCCUCCCCUUGAAUGUUUCUUUUGAAUACCCUUGUCCAGUUUUCACCUGGAGGAAAAGAAAUUAGCAUGUACUAACUAGAUUUCCCGGUCAGAGCUUAAGAACUGUUGUAGAGAUGAUACUUUGUUCACUGGUAAGCAGACUAGGCGCAUAAAUCCUUAUCGUUCCCAGGUCAGGCCAGAGGGCCAUUUCUGACCCAGAGUAGGCCAAGUACAGCUAAUUUACUUUGUCUCUUUGAAGCAGAUGCAAUUUUGACACAUCUUCACCAUAGGAUGCUCGAGAUGAAGCCUGGGGAGGACCUUGCUGAGGACACAUUAAAAAUGAGAUGGGUUUUGUGCUUGGCUUCCAUUUUCCCAAGGACAGGUGGUGCUUCUGAGACUGCCUUUGCUCACUUAAAUGAUUAAGGUCCAGGACUGAGAUCCCAUAGGGUGCUAGAUUCAUCUGCAUUCUGUGCUAGGGCAUGAUGGCAUCAUCUGAUCAACCCAAAACACAUGUAUCUCCCAUCCUGACAGCAGCUGUAAGGCUUUCAUGUCCAUGGCAGUGGUGUAAACCCCAGCUGGUGGGCCAGGGUCGCUGCACAGAUCACAAAACUUGACUGCCGGGCCAGAGUCGGUCACGUCUUAAGGAGGAGUGUGGAGACCGGGAAGGGUUGUGGUGCCAGGACAGAAACCAGCAGCAAAGAGAAAAGGCGACAUCUUCCUUGGCACUCUUUCCCCAAGACUUUUUAAAGAAAUGCCCAGGUUGUGGAGCUAUAGGUGCUCCUUUUGUCCUUAUGUGGAGCGGCCCCUUUUAGAACUCACCCCUUGAGGUCUGAGCCUUUAGUUGAUCCAGGUUAGCCACCACUGCCUGGCCCCUGCCCCCUCAGUCUCAUCAGCCUGCGUGCUAGAGUUUAGUGCCGAUUUUAAUACAUUUUUGAUACAUAUGCACUCUGACGAAGCCAAAUUUGGUACUGAGUUUUAUACACAGCUCACCAUGUAUUUAUAUGGCUGUCCUUGAUUCAGUGAUGUUUUCUUAGUCUUGAUUAAAAAAAAAAAAGAGAAUUCACUCCUCA